UAGGAUGAGGGCGGAGUACGCCUGCGAGCCGAAUGCUGCCACUUUUAACUGCUUGGUUGAUGCUUUUUGCAGGGCGGGGGAGAUCGGUAGGGCCUUUGAGCUCGUGGGUCGGAUGGAGCGGGAAGGGGUUCGGCCGAAUGUUGUGACUCUCAACACUUUAGUCUCCGCGAUGUGUAGAGACGGGAGGGUUGGCUGCGCUCUUGAUUUCUUUCGUCGGAAGAGGGGUGACUGGAUCGAUGCUAGAGGCAAUGCGGUCACUUACACUAACCUCAUUAGCGGUUUCCUGCAUACGAAUAAUGUGGGCAGAGCUAUGGCGUUGUACGAUGAGAUGAUCGGAGAAGGCCAGUCUCCGGAUCCUGUAUUGUAUUUUACUCUCAUCUCGGGGUUGACCCAAGUGGGGAAAGUGGAGCAAGCUAGCUCGGUCGCGUUGGACAUGAAGAGAGCUGGAUUCCGACUUGAUACGAAGAGCUAUAAUAUCUUGAUCAGCGGGUUUUGUAAGAGAAAGAAGCUUGAUAAGGCAUGGCUGAUGUUUGAAGAGAUGAAGGAGAGUGGACUUAAGCCUGAUAUAUUUACUUACAACACCUUGAUUGCUGCUUCGUGCAAGGGUGGCGAUUUUUCAACGGCAUGUCAGCUGCUGAGCAGGAUGAAAGGUGACGGCUUUAGUCCUUCUGUAGUCACCUAUGGUGCUUUGAUUCAUGGAUACUGUAAAGCUGGUAAUCUUGAAGAGGCCAUAAAGCUUUUUCAGAGUAUGGUAGUGACUCCAAAUACUGUUAUAUUUAACAUAUUAAUCGAUGCUCUUUGCAAAGAAGAAGAAGUUGAUGCUGCGAUACAACUCAUGGAUUUGAUGAGGAACAAGGAUGUCCCUCCGAGUGUUGCUACCUAUAACGCAAUGUUCAAAGGGCUUCGUGCAAAGAAUAUGUCGGAUGUGGCAUUCAAGCUGAUGGACAGAAUGAAAGAGGAGGAUUGUCUUCCUGAUUACGUUACUAUGGACAUUCUUACUGAGUGGUUAUCAGCUAUUGGCGAGGCUGAGCGACUGAGGUCUUUUGUUCAGGGGAAGAGGGAUGUGCCUCUUGUGAGAACAGUCCAUGACUGAAUCAUUCUAAAUCAUCAAUAAGGUUUUCUUGCAGUUUACAAAUGGGAAGAAAAAUCUCAGAAUCAGGCUGAGAUUUGCUCAAGGAGUGGCUGGGUAUUUCCUGGUGAAUGUUGGCUGCAUGUACAAAUUUGGUAGGAUACCUUUUGUUAAACUGUUGGAAGUUAGCUCGGUUCCUUGUAGUUCCACUAUGCUAAAUUUUCCAGCCUAAUGAAAUUUCCGUCAUCAAUUGAUUGUUUUAGUUUAAGUUUGGAAUCGACUGGAUUCUAAGGGAUCAUAGGGUGCCAUGGGACACUAAACCACAAGUGGACAAGGAAUAUUACGGUUGAAGUAUUUGUUGACAGCUUGCUUUCUCUCAGGUUAGCUCUUGUCUAGUCACUCCAGGAUUAGCUUAGAGCACACAGUAUUUGCAGAAUGCAGAGGGAGAGGGAAUAGCUACCUUGUAAAGAAAGCAUAUUGGAUUUGUAGAUGGCCGGGAUGCAAGCUGCUGGAAUUGUCUCAAGAUGGGUAUGUUGAAGUUUUGGAUUCACAGGCUUUGAGUCAGUUUUAUCAGCAAAUUGUGCAGGGGAGAGUUGGGGAUCAAUUGCAAUUGCAGCAGCAUCGAGAACAGGGUUCCGUUGUGGGAAAAGAUGAUUCGCAAGAUUCGAGUUUCGAGAAAAAGUUUAGAACUUUUUUUUCAAUGUGUUUAGGAUAUUUAUGUGUUAUAUGUUGGGAAUUUUGAUGUUUUUGCAGGUGUAGAUUGAUGGUGACCAAAUAUGUGUAUGGAGGACAUUUUCGGAUUGAGGUGUGUAGAUAUUGUAAGAGUUUAUUUCUAGUUAAAUUCUUAUUGACACUGUAAUUGGCUGUUUUAUGAACAAUAAAGGUGGGCAUUUCUUA